UUUACAAAAACACCAAACAGCAUCAAGUCAGAGAACUAGAGGCAGCAUUCGAGAACCAGGAUGAAUUUCACACUGUGGUUGUUACUGUGGUUCUGUGGUGUAACUUUGGGUCAGGAAGGUUUACCUCAAACAGACGUCCCUGCUGAAACUGGGUCAUGCUUUCCUGAUAUGUGUAAGUUUCUCAAAGAGUUUGGAGCCAUGAAAGAGAAACAAGAAACCAUGAAAGAGAAACAAGAAGCCAUGGAAACGAGCCUGAAGGAGACUGAAAACCACAUUCUAGAACUGAAGAAGAAAGAAGCAUCCAACAUAGCAUUUAGCGCUGCAGCUGGUGGCAGUGGACACAUUGGACCCCUCAGCACACAGACAUUAAUCUACAGAAGAGUAAUAACCAAUGUGGGCAAUGCCUACAAUCAGCACACAGGUAUCUUCGCUGCACCAGUUCCAGGCAUAUACUACUUCACCUUCUUUUAUCAUGCCGGAGGAUCACAAGUUGUGAGUCUAGCCCUGAUGAAGAAUAAUGAGGUUGUUGUGACCGCCUAUGACCACAAAACGUCGCACGAUGGGGCUGAUAAUGGAGGCAAUGCAGCUUUCCUGCAACUGCAGCAAGGAGACCACGUGUACAUGAGGAUGGGUGCGAACAGUCAUGUCUGGCAGGACAAUCACAUCACCACUUUCAGUGGCGUUCUUCUGCGUCCACUCUGACAUAAAUUAUAUAAGUUAUGCUAUGAUAUGCUGAACGUUAAGCUUUUUAAGAAAUUUCUUGUCUCCAAGCUAAAUUUUCUGUGUUGAUAACCCUUGAGUCAUUUAUUGUAUGUGCACGUCGGAGUUAAUCAAGAAGUCAAAUUGUACAAUUUCUUUUUUUUACUUCUGAUUUUCAGUCGCAAUUCUGACAUUUUAAAGAACGGUGGAGAAAACAAAAGAAUGUCUAUAACAUAUUUAUUAGAAGAAUAUGUAAAUGGA